GGCAGAGAGCGAGUACUCGGUGAUCAGAGGAAAGAUGGCUACGAACUUUGGGGUAGAGUGUCAGUACUUUUACGAAGAUGUCGUCUACCGUGUGGACAAAAAAGGUAACGUUGUGUUCGGAAUCGUUAUGGAAAAUGACGAUCAAGAUUUGUCCGAGGAAAGUUCUGACAGUGAAGAGAGCCCAAAGAGAAAAAAGGGCGAGAUUCGCGUGGUCUGGCAUCCCUCCGGUGUUGAGGAAUUGGUCAGCUCAAAGAAGGUUCAUUUAGCAGAUAGAACACUCAUGCCAGGAGAUGUUGUACGACGUAUGAUUAAAGGAAAGGAUACACAGAGAGGAUACUGCAGGGAUAUUGAACUUACUGCUUGUGUUCAAGUGAUUGGUAGUAAACAAGUCCUUACCAAUAUUAGGAGUGAAGAUUUAGUUCCUUUGGAAGAAUUCACAACAGAUAUAGCUGUUUGUAUGGAUUCAUGGGUUGGUGGCAUAAAAAUGGCACAUUUUAAAUUAUGGCUUACUACACCUGAUGGAUCUCGUUGUGUUGUAAAUGAAAUGGAUUCUCGCGUAUUAGGACAAUUAGAGGAGAGGCGUGAUAAUGAACAUGACUUUCCUCAUUCUGAAUUUUAUCCUGGUCAAAGUUUGUGGGGACCAGUUCACUGCCUAGAUCAUGCACAGUGGAUCACAUGUACAAGAGAAUUGAAAGCAAAGAGAAAAAUUAUACCGUUGAAACUAAUAAAUGUAAUUGUAGAAAAGGUAGAAACAGAUUGGGUAGGAGUGCACUGGUUGUGCAGAGCUUAUUCAAAAGAUGGUGCUUGGUCAGAUCAAGCUCAACCAAAAUUUGUAGUUGAAGGAGAAAAUUUGAAGAAAUUAAAAUUAUUAAAUGUUUUUGAGCCUUCUACUGUGCAAGUGGGAGAUCGUAAUUUCUAUGUAAUUAAAGGUGAUGAAAACGUCAUUACACGAGAACAAUGGCGAAAGCAACAAAGAGACAUUUUUCAAGUUCCUAAACAUAGUCCAAAGAAAACACGUCCAAAUAUCAGUAUCACAAAGCCACCUGAAGAUAAAAAAAAGGAGAAAGAUAAGGUUAAUGAGCAGCAAACAGAAAAUGGUCAAAAUAAUAUUAACAAUUUACAAAAUGUGACAAGUAAUAAUACUCUAAUGCCUCCAGCACAAAAUCAGCAUACUGAAAGUUCUGAUGAUUGGGAUACAGAAGACACAGGUUCGCAAAGCGACAGUGCUUCGGUAUCUAGUGGAUGUUCAAGUAUGUCAUCUAUGGGAAAAAAGAAAAAAGGUCCAGCUUUGAUGACAAAAGUACUGAAGAAGAAGAAGUUGUGUAAAGCAAGGAAAAAAGUGCCACCAGUUCCACUUAUUCCAGGAACUAAAAUUGUUGUAGAAACAUUGUCUACAAAUACAAAAGCUAAUGUUGUGUGGCAGGAUGGUUCAGUAGAAUUUGGUAUUCCAUCUACACAGCUUUACCCAAUUCAUCAUUUAGAUGAUAAAGAAUUUUUCCCAGGUGAUUUUGUAGUUGAUCAAAAAGAAGAAUCUCGAAUGUAUGGUGUAGUUCAAAGUGUUGACCAUCAAGGAAGAACAGCUAAAAUAAAGUGGUUUAAAACAUACACUUCUAGUCAAAGUCCACAACCAACUUUACUAGAAGAACGUGAAGUCAGUGUAUACGAUUUGAAAGAUCAUCCAGACUUUCAGUAUAGACCAGGUACAUUAGUAAUUCGAAUUGCUAAUUUUGAAGGAGAAGAUGCUGGAUGCACUGCUGGUCAAGUGCUAGAUAAUUAUCCAGAAGGACGAGUUAAAGUGUGGUGGGUUGACGGACAUGUAAGUAUGUGUUGGCCUCAAGAUUUGUAUAAAGUAGGUGAAUAUGAUAGUGAUGAAGGAGGAGAUGAAGGAGUAUCGUCUGAUGCGUCAUGGGAAACGGAAAUGGAAGACUGUUUUAUUGCUGAUACUGAUGGUACAGAACAAACAGAGCUAGAAAGUAUAAAACCAAAAUUAGCCGCACACAUCGAGAAAGCUCGAAUUGCAAUGUCUAGAUUGGAAGAGAUCUUUACCCAAAAUCCGUCGCUUCAAACAACCGAAGUUAUGAGAAAAUUGUUAGAAGUUUAUAAAGAUUGCCGAUACAUGGAUAAACUUAUGGGUACUUCUUUUUUCCAUGAAAGUCAUUUCCAAGGACUUUUGGAAAGGGUCCGAGAACGUGGUCGAGCAAAUGUAGCGCAACGUAUGGCGGAUCAAGUAACAAGAUUGUUUACACACAAAUCUGAUGGAUCAGAAGAAAACAUAGAAAAAGACAAUACGGAUAAUUCCAGCAGUAUACAAUCAGGAAGUAAUCCUUGUGAAAAAAUUAUUACUACUGUUACGGAUAUGACAGAAUCCAUCGAUAAUAAAAACGACCAAGAUAUUAAUAAACAAAAUGCAAAAGGCGAAGAAUCAGUUGAUCAUUUAUUUAUUAACGUUAAUCCUAAUCCUGAAGAUUCUGGAUUGUAUUCUGCAGAAAAUUCGAAAAAAGAAUCGGGUUCGAGUGAAUCAAGUGGAGAAUUUCUACUCAGUGAAGAUGUAAAUAAUGUACCUGAUCCUUCAGUGGAAAAAGCAGACGCGAAUAAGGGCUCCAAGAUGCAAAUGCACAUAACGAGUUCUAACGUAGCCAGUUCUCAGGUUUGCGUUAAAUUAUGUACUCUAAUAAAAGCUCAACUUGUAUUGGCGCAUGCAGAAGUUUCUAGACGAUUUGGAUUAUCAAAGAUGUCAUUAUCUGACGCUGAAAAGGGAUCAUCUCCUUUGAAAAAGCAAAAGAAAGAAGAGGAAAAGCGUAUAGAAUUGUUACAAGAACCAUCGGAAUGUCCGAUAGAAAUUCCACCACCAGUAUACUCAGAGGGAGAAGGAUUUUCUAUAGAAGAAACAGCGCCAGAUAGUCAUAAAUUUAAAUUAACAAUGUUCCAACCUACGGAUCCCACAAACUUUUUCAGAACUGUUUCCAAAGAAUUAAAACUUUUGAAGAGUUCACUUCCACCUGGAAUAUGGGUGAAAGGAUUUGAAGAUAGAAUAGAUCUAUAUUCUGUAAUGUUUCGUGGACCCGAGAAAACACCAUACGAAGAUGGUCUCUUUCUUUUCGAUUUUCAAUUGUCCGCCGAUUACCCUUGUGCUCCACCACUUUGCCAUUACAUUUCUUACUGUAAUGAUAGGUUAAAUCCUAAUCUGUACGAAGAUGGUAAAGUAUGUGUGAGCUUACUUGGAACGUGGUCUGGUCGUGGAACCGAAGUGUGGACAAAUUCCUCGACAUUGUUGCAAGUUAUAGUCUCGAUUCAAGGCCUUAUUCUUGUACCCGAACCAUAUUUUAACGAAGCGGGAUUUGAAAAACAAAAAGGCUCUCAACAGGGAAAAGAAAAUUCAAGAAUGUACAAUGAAAUGGUCGUACUGAAACUGGUUCAAGCGCAAACUAAAUUAUUACAGCACCCACCGCCCGUAUUUAAAGAUAUUAUUAUUGGACAUUUCAAGAGGCACGUAAAAAAAUUACUGCAACGCCUAGACUUAUGGAUGGAAAUUUCUGAACAGCAUAACAAUCAACAUCCGUUAUCACCAGUAACACCUACGACUUUCAAACAAAUAUCCGACGUCGAUGAAAAAAUUUUAUCAGAAUUUCCAUUAAUACCAGCGUCCAGAGGUUUCUGUAUAACACUCCGUAAAACUUUAGCUACGUUCAAAGAAGUGCUGAUCAGAGAAGGUAUCAUAGAAAGAGAGAACGAAAUACAGGUUUAUGAAAAUAUUAAAGAACAGACGAAGAAUGAACGUCACGAAUCAAGUAAAAUCGUUGACAAUAAUAUGAUAGAACACGACAGUAAAAGAAAAAAUAGUGAAGAAAGCUGCAAAUUAACUCCGAAUGGUAGUCUCCCCAAGGACCGUGUUUCAUCUUCCUCGACGAAUAUUUCUUCUACGCCAUCAAGCGAAACGAAGAAAAGCACUUCGAAUCAUACCAUCAGCUAGCCACAAGGUAAACCUAAGUUUAAACCUAAAAAUUUAGCUCGUAAAAGGUACACGAUUAUUCA